CAGCGCGGAAGUGCGACAGAAGUAAACAAACGUGUGAAUCUGUCAAAAAGCCUCGUUAAGCCACGAUGAGCUCCGUCUGAGGCUCAUGGGCGACCCGAUGGCCGGCAGGAGGCAGUCAGCUGGAGACGAUGGGGAGCGGGGUCUCAUCGUGCCUCCCCCCCGAGGAGACCCGGACCGGGACCCCCCGCCCUCGCCGGCCUUCAUCUACGUGCUGGCCUUCUUCUCGGCCCUGGGGGGGUUCCUGUUCGGCUACGACACGGGCGUGGUGUCCGGGGCCAUGCUGCUGCUGAAGCGGGAGCUGAACCUGAGCGCGCUGUGGCAGGAGCUGCUGGUGUCCAGCACGGUGGGGGCCGCGGCCCUCUCCGCCCUGGCGGGCGGCUACCUGAACGGCCGGCUGGGCCGCCGCCGCUGCAUCCUGGGGGCCAGCUUGGUGUUCGCCGUCGGGGGGGUGCUGCUGGGCGCGGCCCCCAACCGGGGGGUGCUGCUGCUGGGGAGGGUCACGGUGGGGCUGGGCAUCGGCAUUGCUUCGAUGACGGUGCCCGUGUACAUGGCGGAGGUGUCCCCCCCCCAGCGCCGGGGUCAGCUGGUCACCCUCAACUCCCUGUUCAUCACGGGGGGGCAGUUCAUCGCCAGCGUGGUGGACGGAGCCUUCAGCUACAUGAGCCGCGACGGAUGGAGGUUCAUGCUGGGCCUCUCCGUCCUGCCCGCCCUGCUGCAGUUCUGCGGCUUCCUGUUCCUGCCCGAGAGCCCGCGCUGGCUGCUGCAGAAGGGCCGGGGCCAGGAGGCCCGGCGGGUGCUGGUCCGGAUCCGGGGAGACCCGGACGUGGAGGACGAGUUCCAGGCCAUCCGGGCCGGCGUGGAGGAGGAGCAGAAGGGCGGCGCCGCCGGAGGUCCAGGGGGCGUGGUCAUCCUGCGGAUGCUGGCCCACGGUCCGACCCGCCGGGCCCUCGCCGUCGGCUGCGGCCUGCAGAUGUUCCAGCAGCUGUCGGGGAUCAACACCGUCAUGUACUACAGCGCCACCAUCCUGCAGAUGGCGGGUGUGCGGGACGACAAGGAGGCCAUCUGGCUGGCCGCCGCCACCUCCGCCACCAACUUUCUGUUCACGCUGGUGGGGUUCUGGCUGGUGGAGCGGGUCGGCCGCCGCAAGCUGACGCUGGGCAGCCUUCUGGGUACCGGUCUCAGUCUGGCGCUGCUGGCCGUCGGGUUCCUGCUGUCGGCCCAGAACUCUCCACUCGUCACCCUCGACCCGGUCGACCAGAACUCCACCUGCAGCCUCCGCCGGUCGUGCGAGCGCUGCAUGCUGGACCCGGGUUGUGGGUUCUGUUACCGUGACAACGGCACCAGCGUGUUCGAGUCGUCCUGCGUCCCCGUCAGCCGGGAGACCAGCGACCACGCGGCCUGGGGAAGGUGCUCCAACGUGACGGAGGCGGCCGGCAGCCCGAUCUGGGCGUACAACUUCUGCCCCACGUCGUACUCCUGGGUCGUCCUGGUGGGCCUCAUCCUCUACCUCGCCUUCUUCGCUCCAGGCAUGGGUCCGAUGCCGUGGACGGUGAACUCUGAGAUUUACCCGCUGUGGGCCCGCAGCACCGGGAACGCCUGCUCCGCCGGGGUCAACUGGACCUUCAACGUCCUGGUGUCUCUGACGUUCCUCCACGUCGCCGAAUAUCUGACGUACUACGGCGCCUUCUUCCUGUACACGGGCCUGGUGGUUCUGGGGCUGCUGUUCGUGCUGGGCUGCCUCCCCGAGACGCAGGGCCGGCAGCUGGAGGACAUCGAGAACCUGUUCACCGGGCCGCUGUGCUCCUGCGGGGGCCCGGACCCCGACGACCGGCGCCACGUCCACUACAUCCGGGUAAAAGGCAGCAACUACCUCCACUCUGACAACGAAGCCUCCGACGUAGACUAGACGGGGCCCGGGUUCUGGUUCUGGGUUCUGGUUCCGGUUUCUGGUUCCACUCUCCUUUUCUGUUUGAAACCUGGGAUAUCGGUGCUGCCCCCUGGUGGUUGUGACCAAACCCACAGGUGAGCGCUCCAGGAGCUGACUUUACCUGGGACGCUCCCUCGCUUGGGUGACUUGCACGCCGCUUUAGUUAUUAUUAUUUUUUUA